CUCCACCUAUCCCGGCCCGGGUUGGAGAAUGGUCAUGUCUUCUCCAAAUCCAUCAAUUUCCCCCAGAUAUAGGAAUGACUCGCGAUUAUCACAAAUCCACCAGAGAUAAGUACCGUCUCCGCUCGGGCAAAACUCCGAAUCGACCACCAUAUAUAGGCGGGAUGUAGCGACAGCUAAAUAUUACUACUGCCCGCGUGCUCAAGCGCCUUUGCACGCAUCCAGUCUUUGAAGUCCAAGCACUUCUUCAUCGCUGUAAGAAGAAACUACACUUGCUCACGAUGUCGAAGUUCGACGCCGCUCCACCCAACACCCACGCCGGCGGAGACGACGAUGCUCUCCGUGCGCGGGGAUCGCUGCCCAUGAAUGCGACGAACGAUGCAGAUGAGAGGGUCAACAUGGACUCGUACCAGCGGGAUAAUCCCCUUUGGAGCCGGGUGUACCACCAUAGUUUGACGCAGAUGAUGCUUCUGAGCGUGCAGGCAUUUUGUGGACCUGCUAUGGCAGAUGCUAUUGCGGGUCUUGGUGGUGGUGGUCUGGCGACUCCUCAGACAUCAAAUAUUGCCACCGCCAUCAACUAUAGCUUGCUUGCUACUGUGUGUCUACUCGGUGGACCAAUCGUCAACAAACUGGGCGUCAAGUGGUCUCUGGUCGUUGGCGCCAUGUCGUUUCCCAUCCGCGGCUCGUCUUACUAUUGCAAUAGCCAGUUUGGAAACCAGUGGUAUCUGAUUAUGGGCGCUUUCUUCACCGGCAUUGGUACAGGUUGUUGGUAUGUCGCCGAAUCUGGAGCCAUCAUGUCGCUUGCACCCUCCGGUGCUCGAGGGAAGUAUUUGGCCCUGUGGAUUGUUGCUCGAAACCUCGGACAACUGGUCGGUGGUGCCAUUAACUUGGCGAAGAACCACCGCAAAGGUGCUGAGGGUGGAGUUACACCCGAUACUUACGUCGCGUUUUUGAUCAUCGAAUGCAUGGCAUUACCAUUCGCGUUGCUCAUAUCACCCCUUGAGCGAGUCGUCAGGUCCGACGGGACUCGGAUUCUCGUCUCCGAGUCACUCAGCACGAAGCAGGAAUUUAGGAAAAUUCGAUUCACCAUGAGCUCCAAGCUGAUUCUGUUGUCGGCUCUUUGGGCUAUCUGGUCUUUCUUUUACAGUGGCUCCUGGUCUACUUAUCUGGGCACAUACUUCUCUGUUCGCUCACGCGCCCUCUCGUCCCUCAUCUCGCCUUUUUUCUGCAUCGUUGGAUGUUUUGGCCUCGGUUUCAUCCUCGACAUCAAGUCCCUCAGCCAGCGCCGCAGAGCUCAGCUCGGCCUCUUCACCGUUGUCAUCCUCAACCUGGGUGUCUACAUCUGGUCCAUCGUCAUGCAAGUACGAUUCGAUGAGUCGAGCCCAGGCAAGAUCGACUGGGACGCACAACUGUAUCCGUCAGCUUUCCUUCCGUAUUUCUUCGUGCAGACGACGGGGCCGCUGUCGCAGUCAUACAUGUACUGGCUCUUGUCAUCCUUUGCGACCGAUGCGCAGUCAAAUGUUCGUAAUGGGGCCGCAUUCCGUUGCCUUGAAGCAGUUGGUCAAGCAAUCUCGUAUGGGAUGAACACUCAAAUCAAAACGACUCCUCUCAUUGGCUUUUGUGUCACAUUUGGCCUCAUGGCAGCCGCUCUAGGUCCAAUGCUUGUUCUGGUCAAUUCUACGCCGGACCGUAUCCCUGCCGAUGUCUUGGCCGAGGAGCAUGAGAAGCAGAUGCAGGAGAAGGUUGUUCAUGGAAUUCCGGUGAAGGCGGUUUAAGGUACUACAAUCCACCGAGACAGAAACGUGGUGAAGGGCGGCCUCCAUUGAACAAAACAACUAGUACUAUAUAGGACUGCUAGUAACGCGAAGUGCCUAAUAACAGUUCUUAAAC